UCGCCAGCAGAAGACGGACCUGGGGGGCAGAUGGAGGUGCGCCUGGCAUUGAAAGCAGCCGGUUUCAUUGCUCUGGAUGUGGUGGGAAUCCCAGGUAACCUGGCAGUCUUCCUGCUCUUCUGCCAUUUGUUAGUGGCACAGGGCCACAUGGCACACAACGAGUUAAUCCUCAGCCAGCUGGUCCUCGCCAAUCUGAUGGUGACGCUGUGCCAGGGCAUUGCUCAGGUUCUGACUGCCCUGGAUAUUGCCAUAAUCUUUAAUGAUCAAACCUGUAAGGUAAUCCUCUUUAUCUACCGUGUUGGCCGCGCCAUGUCCAUCACCACAACCUCCCUGCUGAGCUCCUACCAGUGCGUGGUCAUUGCCCCGCCCAACCCUGGAUGGACCUGGCUGAAACGCUGGCUUCCUGGCCACCUCCCCCACGCAAUCAUCUUCCUCUACGGCCUCAAUAUGGUCAUCUACUCUACUCACGUCCUCUUUGCCCAGGGUCCCUCGACCAACGGCACAGUCCCAGAAUUCACAAUUAGCGUGAAAUUCUGCUUUGUGGUGUUCCCAGGACGCGUAGCUUACAGGGUCGCUGGCAUGGUGUACACUUUCCGAGACUUCACUUUUGUCGGCCUGAUGGCGGCGGCGGCAGUGUACGUGAUGCUGGUCCUGCAUCGGCACCGCCAGCAGGUUCAGGGCCUGCAGGGGGCCGGCCGGAAGACGGAGGAGGCAUCGCGUGCCGUCCUGCUGCUCGUGAGCACGUAUGUGGUGCUGUUCGGCUUGGACAACGCGUUGUGGUUCUCCUCGACCUUCAUCACUCACGAGCACCCGGCCGUCACUGACACACGCGUCUUCGUCGCCUCCUGCUACUCCAGCAUCAGUCCUGUGCUCAUCAUAGCCACAAAUAGGAAGCUGGCCACCUACUUUCAGUGCAGCUCCAAACGCAAGACAGCAGAAAACAUCCCCAACAGCACAGAGACCAAGGCUUCGCCGGUUACAAUAACACAAUGA